AUGAGAUUCUCAUCAGCCUGGACAGCACUCUGCUUCCUUCUGAUUAAUGAAGCCUCAAAAGAAUGCACAGCAAAGAAACUGGGCAGCAGCACUGGAAGAUUUGCCAAUGCCACCUUAGUGCGACUGUCAGAAUUUCUGAGUGCCGGUUAUAAGAAAGGAGUGAGACCAGUGAAAGACUGGAACACCCCUACUAAUGUGGAAAUUGACCUCAUGGUAUACUCUAUCCUUAAUGUGGAUGAGAAGAAUCAGGUGUUAACAACAUACGUCUGGUACAGACAGUCAUGGAAAGAUGAGUUCCUGGUGUGGGAUUCACAGGACUUUGAUGGAGUCAAAAAAAUUUCCAUACCCACGGCUAAUGUUUGGGUUCCUGAUAUCCUCAUCAAUGAGUUUGUAGACGUGGGGAAGUCUCCAGACAUUCCUUACGUUUAUGUCACAGAUGAUGGAGUUGUGCGCAACUACAAGCCCAUCCAGGUUGUCACAGCUUGCACUCUCAAUAUCUACAACUUCCCAUUUGAUGUACAGAAUUGCAGCCUCACCUUCCAAAGCUGGCUCCAUACCAUUGAUGACAUCAACAUCACCCUGAUGCGAGAGCCCGAGGAACUCAGUAAAGACAAGAGUGUCUUCAUGAACCAAGGAGAGUGGGAGUUACUUCAUGUACUAUCCAAAUAUAAGAACUUCAGUGUGGACAAAGAAGAGUAUUACGCUGAAAUGAAAUUUCAUGUGGUGAUCCGACGGCGACCAUUAUUCUACACCGUGAACCUGCUGCUGCCCAGCAUCUUCUUAAUGGUGAUGGACAUUGUGGGUUUCUAUCUGCCACCAGACAGUGGAGAGAGAGUUUCAUUCAAGAUCACUUUGCUGCUGGGCUACUCUGUCUUCCUCAUCAUUGUGUCUGACACUCUGCCUGCCACUGCCAUAGGAACCCCGCUAAUUGGUGUGUACUUUGUGGUCUGCAUGGCCCUCCUAGUAAUCAGCCUAACAGAAACUGUGCUGAUUGUACGUUUGGUCCACAAACAAGACCUGCAGCCCCCCGUGCCCCAGUGGCUGAAGUAUCUGGUGUUGGAAAGAGCUCCAGUCCUUUUCUGCAUCCAUAAAAAGCACCGGCUAUGUUCCAGACUUUCCUCUCAGUCCACUGACAUGGAGAACUACAAGGAAAACAACUAUGGAACUGCCCCGUGCUCACUCCACCACACCUGCGAAAUCGGCCGAAAGCUCAGCCAGCAUGAGAGAGAAGGUGGACUGCUUGGACUGCACCUGACUCCAGCUAAGGACAACGUCCCACCUCUCAUGGACAACAUCCUGCAAGAGGUGACAACGAUACGUCACUUCCUAGAGAAGAGGGACAAGUGCCGUGAAAUUGCCAAGGAGUGGCUCCAGGUUGGCUAUGUGCUUGACGUGCUGCUCUUCAGAGUCUACUUGGUGGCCGUGGUGGCCUACAGCAUCACCCUGGGCACACUGUGGUCUGUUUGGCAGACCGCCUAA